CUGAUUCUCUUAUUUCAACUGGGUUAGCUGCACUUGGAUACAAGUAUGUUAAUAUUGAUGAUUGUUGGGCAGAAGAGAGUAGAGACAGGAAUGGCAAUCUAAGGGCAAAAUCUUCAACUUUUCCUUCUGGAAUUAAGGCCCUUGCAGAUUAUGUUCAUGCUAGAGGCUUAAAACUUGGCAUUUAUUCUGAUGCAGGUUAUAGUACCUGCAGCAAAAAAAUGCCAGGCUCACUUGGACAUGAACAGCAAGAUGCCAGCACCUUUGCGCAAUGGGGUGUUGACUUUUUGAAGUACGAUAAUUGUUACCAUGAUGGCUCGAAACCACAGGAAAGAUAUUCCAGGAUGAGUUAUGCAUUGCACAAGGCAGGCAGACCAAUUCUUUACUCCAUAUGUGAAUGGGGAGAAGAGUAUCCUGCAAAAUGGGCUGGCCAAUAUGGUAAUGCCUGGAGAACUACAGGGGACAUCAAAGACAGCUGGGAAAGUGUCACAUCAAUUGCAGAUGAAAACAACAUUUGGGGAAGAUAUGCAGGACCUGGCAGGUGGAAUGAUCCUGACAUGUUAGAAGUGGGCAACGGAGGGAUGGGCCUAGAGGAGUACCGCUCUCAUUUUAGUAUUUGGGCUUUAAUGAAAGCUCCUCUGCUGAUUGGAUGUGAUGUUCGAUCUGCGAGCAGACAAACUCUUAGCAUACUUCGAAACAAAGAGGUAAUAGAUGUUAAUCAGGAUCCAUUAGGAGUUCAAGGCAGGAAAAUAAGAUCAAAGGCAGCUCUAGAGAUAUGGGCAGGGCCACUUUCAAGAAAAAGAGUUGUGGUAGUGCUAUUGAAUAGGAGUGGGUCAAGAGCUCCUAUAUCAGUGGGAUGGAGGGAAGUUGGACUUUCUCCUUCUAGUUCUGUCAUUGUUAGAGACUUGUGGAUGGUAUAGUAAUAUAUUUUCCAUCUCUCUAUA